AACAAACUUUGAUAGCCAAAUGCUUAGGGUUUUUUCAGUUUGAUCCCUUCUCCCCCAGCACUUCCGACAAUAACUACCUUAGCUAACCCAAUUCAUACUCCUUUAAUCGCGCAUUAAUCGGUAAAAUUUGGGCUGUGGGUGAAAAAAAACUUAUGUGAGCCUAUGAAGGCUACACUUUGAAGAAUUCACCACCGUAACACUUUUCUGUAAGUACUUAUGUGAAAGAACUUAACGAAUAUUGGAAACGAUUUCGAGGAACAACUGAGUUAGGGUGCGGGAAUUCAAAGCAGGUCACGCUUUAAAAAUGAGAAAAUUGCGCAAGAAAUGACGUCAUCUAGAAAAUUCUGAUAUCCAAUUUUAGUCGCACAAAAAAUUGAAGUAGCAAGUAUUUCAACUCAAAGUUUACAGCGUGUCUAUCAACAUCCAAUUAUUAACGAAAAAAGAGUGAAACUUUUGGUUUCUCUGGUUUAAAUUUCUGCACAUGGAUUCAGUUUUGUUUGAAAACUACCAUGAAAAAUGGACGAGCGCCAGAUACGCAGCGGGAUUUGUAGGGGGGUGUAAAAUGAUGUUGGUAGAAUGCUGGCCUCAACAGAGGCGGCAGCGACGGCGUCCGACUGGCGGUUAUUUAUAUAACGCAAUUGCUAGCGGUGUGGUCGUUCAUGUACCCCAGCGCAGAGUAAAAGAGGAGUAGACCGUGUUGCUGAGGCUUCUCAGAUAGUGUGUCGCUGCCACAGAAUGGAAAACUGACUCGUUGUGUAAAGAGGUGUGAAACCGUUGCGUAUCAGACUAUAAUUGAUAUGAUGUUGACCGAGUGUUAGAUGUGUGGUUUCUCGUCUGGUGUUUUUUCACCACUUGCCAUUUUAUUGCUACAAGUCGCUUUUUAAGUUCAGAGUAUUUAAGACCGAUGGCUCUCGAUCGCAAACGUUCGGUUCGGGAUCGGGGUUCAGUUCGAAGUCGUGGCUCGUCGAGCGCUUCAAGCUCUGAUCCCCGAGAAAAGCUGAAGGACUGCUGUCGCCAGUUUGUGGCUUUCAUGUUUACACAGGUUGGAGUAGGAGCCCUAGUUGUUAGCUAUGCCAUAAUGGGUGCCUUUGCAUUCAUGGCGAUCGAAGGUGAAUCAGAAAACAGCGAUAACAACGACCACGUAGCCCGUCUACGCUCCGCCUGUCUAAGUCGGCUUUGGAACGUCACCGACCACCUUAACGUGCUAGAAGAAAGGAAGUGGAAGCUCGAUGUCCGUCAAGUGCUGCUCGAUCACCAGCAGGCCAUGGCGUUAGCCAUCAAAGGAGGAUACGACGGCCGAACCAAUCAAGAGCGUUGGACUUUUCCAUCAGCUCUUAUGUUUUCAUUGUCUGUUUUUACCAUGAUCGGCUUUGGACACCUUGUGCCACGCACGCAGUGGGGCAAAAUUGCAACCAUGCUGUAUGCAGUAUUCGGCAUUCCCGUUUAUGUCCUCUACUUCAUGAACAUGGGUCAGGUACUAGCCUCAUGCUUCAAGUGGUUCUACUGCAAGCUAGUACGCUGUGCAGAUGCACGUAAAGACAAACCAUUAGCGGAUGGUGAUCCUGCUGCCGGCAACGGCAACAAAGAAAUUAUUGGGGUAGUCUCUUCGGCUGCCGGUGACGAACUGUCGGACGAUUUGGACGAAGAAAGCUACUCUGGAUUAAUAAUUGUGCCAUCAACAGCUUGCCUUUGGGUCUGGCUAACAUACCUAGCCGUCGGAACAAUCAUGUUUGCUGAAUGGGAGAACUGGGAAUAUCUUGACGCAUGUUACUUUUGCGUUACCAGUUUAUGUAAAAUUGGUAUGGGUGACUUUGUACCCGGUGCAAAUAUUCAGGCUUCAAGCAACCAAACAAAAUUGAUUAUCAACUUUGUGUAUCUUCUUGUUGGAAUGGGAAUCAUUGCUAUGUGCUACAAUUUAAUGAAGGAAGAAAUACUUGUUCGUUUGCAAGAACUGAAAGCCGACUUGAUUGAACGGCUGCAAGACGUUAGCGGACGCAUGCGUCGUUGAUCUUCAAAAAGCCUCCGUGUUACUUUAUCCACACCAGCCAAGAUUAUGGAUCGGAUGAUGCGGUGUUAAAAUCACCUUGAACAAAUACUUGGUACGUGACUCGUGCAUAAAAUCCUGAUUUGAAAAUAUCCAACCGAAAAUAUCGGCCGCCACCUUUCACAAUCCUUUUGAAAAUAGCCCUCCUUGAGCCGCCUGGCGCAUCAACAGGGAGUGCGCAGGCCGUGUUGUUGGAUUUAAAAUGUUGCUUUUCUUUCUCCACUCGCUCCCAACGGAGCUAUUUUCGGCAGAGCCGUCUAUUACACACGCACCUUAUCAGCACCUUAAGAAAAGUAACACGCGUAGUCUUUCGAUUCAACCUCCCUUAUGUUGAAUUGUAACUUCCUGCGUAUUAUUCUCAUUGUUUAUUUAACACAUAAAUUGUACCUUCACUAUCGACCGUGUUCCGGUUUUAUCUCUGUAUUUAAUCUGUCACUAUAUCGUUAUUUGGUCCAACUGUAUUUUUUGUUAAUGAACUGGAUUAAGUGGUA